CUCUCUCCUUCCUCUCUCCUUCCCUUCCCCCUUCUCUUUCUCUCUUCCUGUCUUCCCUUGCGCUCCACAACUAUAGCUCUCGCGCUCAGCCUAUUCACAUGCGAUUGAUACCACUAUUUGCGCUCCACAGUAAAACUUGCAGCGAUUUCAGCGACCCAGAAAGAUACCAGAAUCCCGUGAGCCCAGUUUUGCACGCCGGCCAGGAAUAGAAAGAGUCAUGUCGCGCUUCAUCCGAAAAGCAGCCGCGGCCCUCGAAACGAAACUCGAUCCCAACCCCACACGCGCAGCUCCAGGCCGAUACGAAUCAGACCUGGAGGACCGCGCACGAAAGGCGCGCAAUUUCGAGGACACAGAGGCAAAGCUUCCCAACAUUAGAAAUAGCCCCGCCCCAGAUGAGCGUCCUUCGAUAACCACAAACAUCCUCUCAUUCCUAGGGACAUGGAACCCUCGCCCGCACCCAAUCACCUCAAACGAUACGGUUUGGUUGUUUGAUAACACUGCAUAUCGAAACCCGACCACAAACAACUGGGAGGCGGAGGUGAUCGCGGCCGUUUUCGACAAGGAAACAGGCGUCAAAGUGAGCCUCGUGGUGGCUGAUAUUGCGGAGAAGCUGGGACUCGGACAAGCAGAGGAAAGGAUCAAGGACCGCUUGAUGCCAUUCAUGCAGUCUGUCUUACCAGGACGUGUGGUGGAUGUGGACUUUGGGCGUCGCACGCAGCUCAAAUUAGGCCCUGGCGGCCGGAACGGCAUCAGCAGCGACAUACGACAGCUCCCGCAGCCCAAGAAUGAAGCUGUGGUGACUGGUGUUGCAAGGGUGCCCAAAGGUACAAAUGGAAUACUGAGGAUAAAAACAGUGUACGCAGAGCCAGAGGGGUGGGGUGUCAUAUCGGAUGUUGAUGAUACUAUCAAAGUCACGCAAACUGGCGACCCGAUCGGUAUUCUGCGAAGCACAUUUGCCGCCGACGCAGCUCCUGUCCCAGGAAUGCCCCUGUUGUAUUCUUACAUUCAAACCGUCGUAACCAAAUCCGCGCCCUGGUUUUAUCUCUCCGCUUCGCCCUACAACUUGUACGCCUUCCUCCACGAGUUCAUUCACGAAUUCUAUCCUCAAGGCACCCUCAUCCUCCGCGAUGCCAGCUGGAGGAACCUCGCGGGUCUGCUCACGAGUUUGACGCAGGCUACCCAAGAAUACAAGGUUGAUCGUAUGGAAAAGAUCCACUCGUGGCUGCCGCGCCGUCAGAUGAUUUGCAUUGGCGAUUCCACUCAGUCCGACCCCGAAGCCUACGGCGAAAUGUACCGCAAAUACCCAGACUGGGUCGGAUUGAUUCUGAUCCGCCGCGUCGAAAAUAUCGCCGAAGUAGGACUCGAAGAGAAGAACGACGCGUCACGGUUCGAGAAGGCAUUUACGGGUGUCCCAAAGGACAAGUGGCAUGUGUACAGAGAUGCAGAGGAGUGCCACAAGUAUAUUAAUGAUGCUGUCGGUGUCAAGGUUGGAAAUGCUUGAUAUUUUAUUAUAGUGGGUAUUUAGCACUGUGCAAUCCGUAGUCAUAGCCACGUACAAACAUCAGGCAAAGUCACAAUUACUGUUUUCAAGGUUUAGUUUAGAUGGUUUUAUUGAUUGUAUGGACCUAUCUGCCCCA